UACCGCUAGAGGGCACCACUGUAGAAUUGUGGGAAAGACUGACCUGUGUACGAAUGUCCCAAUGUAUCGCUGGUUCCCAAUCUGGGACGGCACACUUGGGGCCGCCAAAGUUUCAUAGGCUCGCACUAGUAGUCAUCCUCUCGGUGUGUGUUAUGCCACAAUUUAGAUCUAUGCAUUGUAAGGAUUUUAUGUGAUUCUUUUUUUGUAGUGUUUUUUCAUGCUUGUGUAAAUAUACAAACAUUAGAAAAAGCAUGAAAUGGGGGACGAUCUGAAAUUAAUAAACUGAUCUUAAUUUAAUUUGACAGUUGUGUAACUUAUCACAUAUCUACAUUCCCUGACCAGAAGAACUAUGGGACGAAUGAUACCAUUAAUUUGAUUAAGAUUCGACAUCCAUUCCCGUUGAUGGUUGAGCUGUUUUUAAGAAGAAUAUGGCAUAAUUAUCUUUUUUUUUAACAGUUCUACUGCAGUACAAAAUGAGUGUGUUAAUGUAGUUUUUGGUUGUGGAAUGGGGGUAGUUCCGGGGACCGGGCUCUGGAAGCUGGAACUGGGAGGAGACUCUGGAUGCGGGGUGGUAGACUACAAUGUGGCGCUCGUUUAUACAGCAGUCAGUGGGCGCAUGAGAUAAGAGAGUUGUUGGAGCAAAGUUAUUCAAAAAAGUUGGUGUCAUGAGGAUCCUGCUGCUACUCUGCAUGCCAGUUCUGCUGGUGGUCCGAGCCCAGGACCCCGUCCCGUAUUUGGACGACUAUGAACCGGUCUACUUUCCUGAAAACACUGAGUCGGACCCCCCUCCUGGGACCUACCAGCAGCAAAUUCUACCGGAACUGGGGCUCCCCCAACAUCACUCAGAAUACGAGCUGGAGACAGAGCCCACCGAACCAGGGCCGCUCGACUGCAGGGAGGAGCAGUACCCAUGCACCAGGCUGUACUCGGUCCACAAGCCGUGCAAACAGUGUUUGAACAGCCUCUGCUUCUACAGUUUGCGACGGGUGUACGUGAUCAACAAGGAGGUCUGUGUACGGACCGUGUGUGCCCAUGAAGAGCUGCUCAGAGCCGAUAUGUGCCGUGACCAGUUCUCCCGCUGUGGCGUGGCAGCGGUCAGCGGCCAGUGCGGCUCGCUGGGCAGCAGCUGUGGGAAGAGCUGUGGAGGAUGCUGAGGUUGCCAUGGGAGACCAGGGGGGAAAGAAUACACACCUGCCCAGAUACUGCCACAACCCCGACCCCUCUCCUCACCUCUCCAUUCAUGCCCACCAAGAACCUCCCCCCUCCCCCAUGUUAGACCUAACCUUCCUUCCUCCUCCUCCUCCUCCUCUUCCUCCUCCUCCUUUUCCUCCUCUUCUCCACAUGUUAGUCCCAGCUUCUCCACUGUUUCCAUUACCUGUAUGCGAGACCAGUGUAUCGCGUGUGAUGGAUCAAAUGUACUCGAAAAGAAAAGUGACGAUUGUAUAAUUCACUGGUGCUAAACAACCUAAUACCACACUGGUGCUUUUAUUGUAGCACACAAUUAGAGAUGCACAUAAAAACACGUUUUUAUAUCUUUUUUAGGGGUAUAUCUAAUGCAUUAAUCAAAUUGUAUUUUUUUUUGUUGUGUUUGUUGUUUUACUGUACUUUCAUGCUGAAACAAUAGUCGUGACCAUCUCAGCCAGUGGGGCCAGUGUGCACUGACGUCAUCGUACUGAUAAUCAAUCGAUGGUCAUCAGAUAUCUCAUCAUUGAAUGGAAGAUGAAGAUCCUGCACUUAGGGACAGGUUUUUAAUGCAAUGCUACUCUUGGUUCUGUGUUGAGCAGUUCUAUUGUGGUCUUUAAACAGCAUCUUCACGAUUGGCCUCUUCGCGACAUACUUCCAAACACAAUGCUUUUUUUUCUACAACAACAAUUCAACCGUGUCAUUCAAAUAUAAAUAAACUGUUGGUAAACAUUGAA